AUUCGUCAUUUUUCGGCUAAUACGACCAUGGUACGACCAUGGUCGUAUUCGUCAUAUUCCUAAUAAUAUACCUCAGUGGAAACGCCUGGUGCCGGGCCGAGGCUCAAUAUUGUAACCAUAGCAACAGUCUGAAAAACAACAUGGCGGACACAGAAGGCAUAUGUUUGUGGAAUUCGACUGACAUUUUCAAUAUUUUAAACCAGACGGACACGAAAUACCCAAGAAUAAGCGAUCCGAAUUAUAUUCUUCUACUUGAUACCAGGAAGAGGAAAGAUUACAAUGAAAGCCACAUUUUAACCGCCAAAUAUGCACCAAGGAAUGAAUCUGGAUCGUUUGCUGUGCCCUAUGAGGCAGAACUUCAAACAAAAAGAUAUUGUAUCGUCUACGACAGUCGUUCAGACACGCUAAAUGAUCAAGGAAGUCCUGCUGUUGCGUGCGCCAGAAUGCUUUGGGAUAAUGGUAGUAAAAAUCCUGUUGUAAUAAUAAAAGGUGGUUAUGAAUUGUUUUCCGCUCUUUAUCCAUUUUUACGAACACAGAAAAUUAUUUACACUCAAAAGGAACUUGAUUUAUGUAAAACGUAUCCUGUGGAAAUUAUUCCUGGUCUUCUCUACAGCGGUACAUUGGAGCAAGGACAGAAUCCUGCCGUUAACAAAGCUUUGAAAUGUAAAGCACACGUGAAUGUCAGCUGUCGCCAGGACGUGUUUUGUAAAGAUGAAAACUCGCUGUUUCAAAACAAAGUUUUCGAGAUUCCCAUCGAAGACUCCGACGAUGCUGACAUUUACUCGUAUUUUGCAAACGCGGUGGAGUUUAUCGAUGGACUCUGCCAACCUGGAAAUUCCGUUCUAGUCUGUUCUGAGCUAAACAUAAGCCGUAGUAUCACUAUUGUUAUUGCCUAUCUUAUGUGGAAGAAACACUGGACAUUGCAGAAAGCGUUUGCACACGUGAAGCAAUGUAAACAAAAUAUGCAACCAAAUCGGACAUUCAUUGAACAGCUCUCCAAGUGGGAGGGUCAUCUCUAUGGCCAAGUCGUUACUGACAUCAGUGAACCCGACUAUUAGAGUACAUUUGAAGAUGUUGUACAUUGUAGAUAUCAGUGCAGUGCACGGUUAAUAGAACCGUGAUCAGUGGUACUUGUAUAUUCUUGUAUAAAUUGUAUUUAUUGGGUUAUGACCUAAAUUUUAAGCUGAAUAGUAGUGAAUAAGACAUCAAGGAAUACAAUAAAUG